UCAUCUCGCCUCACCCCAUUCGAAACCCUAGCAGCAGCCGACGACGAUGACGACUCGCUUGAAGAAGAACCGAAAGAAGCGGGGCCACGUGAGCGCCGGCCACGGCCGCAUUGGGAAGCACCGGAAGCAUCCGGGAGGCCGCGGGAACGCCGGAGGCAUGCACCACCACCGUAUCCUCUUCGACAAGUACCACCCGGGGUAUUUCGGCAAGGUCGGCAUGCGCUACUUCCAUCGCCUCCGCAACAAGUUCCACUGCCCCACCGUCAACGUCGACACCCUCUGGUCGCUCGUCCCCGAGGACGUCAAGGACGCCACCGCCAAGGGCGCCUCCGCGCCGCUGAUCGACGUCACCCAGUUCGGGUACUUCAAGGUGCUCGGUAAGGGGUGGCUUCCCCAGUCCCGCCCCAUCGUCGUGAAGGCCAAGCUCGUGUCUAAGAUCGCCGAGAAGAAGAUCAAGGCUGCCGGCGGGGCAGUCGUGCUCACUGCCUGAUUAGGCGACAGUUAGUUUGGAAUCGUAAGUAACUAUUUGAUAUUUUGCUAGCAUUUUGCAAUCUUAUUUUGAUCUGGAACCAAACUAUGGAAAAUCCUUAUACUGGAUUUGAGACUGGUUAUUUAUGCAAAAUUUACUUUUUUCCGAUCGCAAAAUUAAAUUUUUAUGAGA